ACUUUUGCUCCUCCGUCUUCAAGUUUCUAGUUUUCCAGAAUCUCAUCACAAAACACCGCCAAAAUGCCUCAAGAAGUCGCCGAUAUCAAGAAGUUCAUCGAGAUCUGCCGCCGCAAGGACGCUUCCUCUGCGCGCAUCAAGAAGAACAAGAAGGCCCAGAGCGUUAAGUUCAAGGUCCGCUGCCAGAAGAACCUCUACACCCUUGUUCUCAAGGACUCCGACAAGGCCGAGAAGUUGAAGCAGAGCCUUCCCCCCAACUUGCAGAUCACCGACGUCUCCAAGAAGAACUAAAUUGUUUGAAGCGAUAUAAAAAUGACAAAAACAGUUGGGAUGGAAACGAUGUAAAAGCGGCUGGGCGGAGUCGGAUGGAGGAGAAUUUCUUCAUGCACAUAAUGGGCGUCUCGGGAUAUCCUUGCAUUUGAUGUGCUCAGAACUACUUAUGCGCUCUAAUAGAGUUCAAAUGAACGAUUUUGAGACACAAAUCAACCUUUUCUAACUAUUGUUUUGUUGUUUGGGUGAUCACGCGAGCAGUGAAAUGCUCAAGCCUCAGGGAGAUAUAUCUUGAACUUGAUUUCUUGGCUAUGGGUUGGAACAACGGCGUUCAGAUGGUUGUCGCGAAGAUUGUGAGCUUUUCGCACGAGGUGUUUAAACUCAAAACUUCACGGAAGGUCUCUUCAGCUAACUUGGAAGACUGGAAAACGACAAACUCGUCUUGCUCUGGUGGUAAUUCGGCAUUCCAGCCUGCCCAGCAGCUUUGCGACUCUUGGCUUCUUUCAAUCUCUUGAUAGUGCUGUUGCGUCUCUGCUUUCUUUGCUGAAGGCACUAACAUUCUAGUGACAUGCCACACCUCGCCGCCCGUUAUAUCGGCAAAGCAGGGCUCACGGCUUGCUGAAUGCAGAUGUAACAGAGCAACUGCGCCGGGUUCCGAGCUCAGGAUUGGCUUGAGAAGUUCACCACACUGGCGAUUUUCCUCUGUUGCUAUCCAUUCGUAGUGGUGCUUGGCUGAGUGCCAUGAUGCCAAAAAGUAAAGCACUUGCGGCUUUGUAGCAUUGUCGGUAUAGACUAUCGUAUGGCGCCUGUUAUCCUUAGCCAAGGAGGGGUCGUGCUCAGCGAUCCAACCAUCUUGUAUCGUAAAGCAUUUUGCCAGUAUGUCUUUAAUGACAGGCAGGCUGCACUGCUCAUUGAGCUUUAGUGUGGCACAUUCGGUAACAAAGGCUGUAGACAUGACGAAGUUGUUGAAAGAUGUUUGCAAAGUCGUGGUAGUUGGUGACCUCU